AUGGCUGUGAAGAGCUUCCGUAUGAAACUCGGAGCUGCCACCACGCCCACGCUGAAGCACCGUCUGCAGAAGAGCGUGGCAGCGGUUCAGUGGAAGCCUCUGUGUGCGUCGGCGCUCGCUGUCGCCUGUCAGAACUGUUUACUGGUGUGGCACGUCGACCCCUGCUCCCUGUCCACCAGGCCUUCCUCCGGAUGCGCUCAGGUUCUGUCUCAGCCCGGUCACUCUCCCGUCACGUCCAUCUCCUGGUCGCCCAGCGGCUCUCUGCUGGUGUCCGCCUCCCCCAUGGACACCGCCAUGAUGGUUUGGGACGUGGCUGCAGAGAGCUGUGUGCCUCUUCAGCGUGUCGGAGGGGGGGGGGUCACCUUCCUGUCCUGGUCCCCUGACGGCAGCCAUGUUCUGGCCUCCACGCCCUCAGCCCUGUUCAGGGUUUGGGAAACCAGGAUGUGGACCUGUGAGCGAUGGCCAUGUGUGAAAGGACGCUGCCAGUCUGGCUGCUGGAGUCCAGACGGGAGUCGCCUUCUCUUCACCGUACAGGGGGAGGCGGUCAUCUACGCUCUGACCUUCACUGACUCUCCAGCUGGCGUUCCUUCAUGCACAUCCAAAGGUCCGCAGGCAGCAUCGGUGGUGGCCGACCUAUCAGAGACGACCUUUAACACGCCAGAUGGAGACAUCAUUGUUGGAGGAGAGAUCCAGUCUUUAGCGUGGGACUCAACAGGAGAGAGGCUGGCGGUGCUUCUCAAGGGAGAUCCACAAGCAGCAGACCGGCCUGCAGUCAUAGCCGUGUUCAAGACGAGAACCAACCCCGUCUUUGAGCUUCUGCCUUGUGGUUUUGUUCAAGGGGAGGCCGGCGCUGAGGCCAGACUCAUUCAGUUCAGUCCCAACUUCCAGCACGGAGCUCUGCUCACUGUGUGUUGGUCCACUGGAAGAAUCUCCCACGUGCCUUUCUACUUCCUGAGCACUGUGGUCGCACACUUUGGGCUGGGUGGCAGCCCGUCCCUGCCCCGGCCUCAGGAGAGACCUGCAGACUUCAACCAGUCGCUCUUCACAGAACUCGCCUCUUAACUGUCCCUCACCCACCGUCACACACUCACUCAAGUCAUUUUUGUUAUCAUGGAUUGUUAAUAAAUAUGUACAUUUCUGCUGAACUGA